AUGUCAGAAACGAUGGAUAAUAUAAAAAGAAAGAUCCCAAUCAUAGUACUCGACCAUCUCUUGAAAGAACUUCAGGUUUGGGAUAGACUCAAGUUGGACGACCUGAAGUUAACAAAUGAUCCACACCUGGCAGAAGAAUAUUAUAAUGAGUUCUAUCACAGAUUUGUUGUGAUACUCCCGGCCAUCUUUUCUCCGGCGGCCUAUGCAGACUAUACGGACCAGAUUUCCGAGGAGCUUUUCAAGGCGCUUUCCGAGCGCCACUUCAUGAUAUACAGAGUCAUCUUUGACUCUAUCCGUGAUAUAUUCCAUUAUGUACCAGGGCUCAAGCCAGAAGAAAUACGGAACAAGAGCCCAGAUUUGCAAGCUCUUAUAGCCUCACACGCUCGAAAACUGGCACAUGCUACCCUCAGUCUCGUUGAGCUAUCACCAAUACACCUAGAAGCGUUUACAAGACAGGUUAUAGCUCAAAGCGUGCGUCUUGAAGGUGGAACUAUCAGCUAUUUGACUUGGUUAAAGCCUACUCUUUCAACGAUGGUUAAACACUUGUUCCUACAUGGAGACGAACUGGGGAUGUACGAUGCAAGCCGUAAAAGCCUCAAGACUUUAAGCCUCGUGCCGGACUGGGAAUUGGGCUGGAAUGAAGCUACUGGACGAGAAUACUGCGUUGAAAGAUUGAAAAAAGCACAUGGCCACUUCAAGAGGAUAGAAAACCUAUAUGAAAAGCACAAAAUGGUCACUACGGACGUCGAGGAAGCCAUCCGGGACAUAGAACUCUAUACCAGCCCCACGACGCACCUUCAACAAGCGAUUGAGAGUAUGAGCCAAGAGCCAUCGCCGUCUCACAGCCAUUCCAACAACUCAGAGAAUACGGGUUUAUCCCACCAGGGGGGGGUAUCAUUCGAGGAUGAACUCCGCGGACUCCAUGCUUAUCAUCACGAUAUAGAUCCGUUCGCCUGGUCUAGCCAUAAGAUUUUUUGGUUCUAUCACGGGACAGAAUAG